UUGAUUUGACCGUCCUAAUUUGUACACAAUUUUUCGAAAACAUUGUUUAUAUCGUUUAAUUAGAAUAAAAACAAUGUAUAAAUGCCGAUGUGUGGUCUAAUCUAGAGUAAGAGUAAUUUUAACUAAAUGAAAACAACGAAUAUAUAAAAAUGUCUUUAGAAAAUUGGAAAUUAGAGAAAGAUUUGUGUCGCUGUUGUCACAACGAAGGAACAUUUAUUAAUUUGGCUGAUCCAUUUACUAUAUUGGGUGUUACGGAAACAUACACGAAUAUGUUGAAAGAAUGUUUUGAUAUUGAUCUAUCUCCGAUACCAGGCAUGUUAUGUGCAUCGACAUAUACAAUAUGUGAAUCCUGCGUGACACGAUUACGAGAUGCUGUGGACUUCAAGAAACAAGUUCUAACUUGCGAGGAAGCAUUUAGAGAUUUGUAUAAUAGGAAUUUUAUAAAAGAAGCGGAACCAAUAGUACAAGUGGAAGUGAAGCAAGAAAUACCUGAUGCUAAUCUAGACGAUGUAUUCAAAGAUUCGUGUCCACUGGACAGUGGCAAUGACUAUGUGUGUGUGGACAGCGAAGACGAAAUGGAGUUGAGAGUGGACGAACAGGAUGAGCCUUCAGAAGUUGAUGUAAAAAGCAAGAAGCGAAAAUUAAGAAGUAAUAAGAAGGCACAAAAGAACAAGAGUUGUAGAACAGAGAGGAAGAGUGUAAAGGUGGAGUCAGAAGGAAAUAGCGGGAGUAAAAAGAUAGGAAGAAAUAGCGCGGCGGCAAAAUUUCGACUUAACGACGAAGAUUACAAGAGAGACGGCGACACCUACCAAUGUGCGCGGUGCGACAAGAAAUAUGACAAGUUCUACUCCCUAAGAUUCCACGUAAAGACGAAACAUUAUAAAAUUCCACGAUUUUCAUGCAAUAUAUGCCUCAAAGAGUUCAUGACGCCGGCGCCUCUAACUGUACACAAACUCGAAGAGCACAAUAUAGAUGAUAGGUUCAAAUGCAAGGCCUGCAAAGGGAUUUUCAAUACGAAAAUUCAGUUAAGGAAACAUAUAAAUAAUUUUCAUAUGCUCGGUGAGAGGUACAAGUGUGAGUUCUGUGAAUAUGAGUCCUUCAGCUUCGAAGGCAUGUACAAGCACAAAUUUAAACAUAAAACUGUCAAAGACUAUCAUUGUAGGUUCUGUAGGAAGUCGUUUUUAAGGAAAACUACAUUGGAUUUACAUGAACGGAUACAUACAGGCGAUAGGAGGAAGGUCUGCAGUGUGUGUGGGCAGGCGUUCGUUCAAAAGGCUAGCUUGAAUUAUCAUAUGACUAAAUACCAUCCUGAAGUCAAUUUCUGAAUGAUUAGUUGCCGUGACUCAGAUACAUUUAAUGAUUGCUUCAACUAUAUCUUAUUUAUGACUUUUUUUAAAUAAAUUAACUAAAAAUUUAAGAGUUAUUCAUGUAAAUAUACUGAGAAAAGCUCUAUUAGUUUCGAGUCCAGAGCGUGGCAACCGAUUCCCUCACGGAGCAACUCUUUGUGUGAUCCACAGAUUGUUGUUCCGGGUCUGGGUGUCAUGUGUAUGUGAACUUGUAUAUUUGUAAACACACCCACGGCACAGAAGAAAAUCCUAGUAGGGGCAACGUUAAAAAAUAACUCUUUCUCAGGGUGGGAUAUGUCAUUUUGGUCCGAAAACAAUUGAUAAGGACCGGGUGAAGUAAUCAUUAAAUGACUGUGCCGUACAGUAAAUUGUGUAAUACUUUUAUAAUGAUGUCUGCUCUGUUCCUAAAUGUCGUAGCGUAAUGUACUUCAACAAUUAGGUUGAAAAUGAGAAAUAUAAUGUUUAUAUUAUUGCGCAUAUCAGAGGCUUUCGGCUUUCUGCAAUCGAGACCGCGUUCGGCGCUCUGAUUGGCCGGCUCCUAUGAACCGACCAAUCAGAGCUUUGAACGCGGUCUCGAUUCGAUUCGAUUUCUUUAAAGUCGUACUAAGCUUUCAGGCCGGCUGGCCAGUGCUCGCUGUUAUUGCAGUGGUAAGUCCCCUCUUUGAGACGCCGUAGCGUCUCUCUAACCACUCGGCUUGAGAGACGUUAUGGGAUAGUAGUAUGUAGGAACGGGGUGGUUUUUAGUCAGUAAGAGUCUGAAACUCCCUCUCGCCUCACCCAGGCGGCAGCAGUCAUUCGAUGAUUUUUCAUUUUCCCCCUCAAAAAAGGCGCGCGGGUCGGCCUAAAUGCUUUGUUUCGGAUUUACAUUGGACUCGUAACAUAAAUAGUGAAAAGUAGUUGUUACAUUGUAAAUGUGGACCUGUGUCUACCUCUUCAUGUAUUAAA